UCACCUUUAGAUGCACUUGAAAAAAGCAAAUUGGAGGACAAACUUUAUAUUCUUCUUCUGAUGUGAGUGAGUGAGAAGAACAAAAGGGUUUGAAAUUUUCAAAUUCCUCUGCUUUUUCCCAUGGCUGAUUGUUAUCAACUGGAAUCUAUUCUUUUCCAAUUGCUAUUCUUUUGUCUCUUUCCUCAUCUGAUCAACUCUUAAUUUAUGUUCUUUGGAUUCUCUCAGAGAGGAUAUUUAUAUAUUGUGGUUAUUAACUCUUCUUUGGAAACCCUUUUGCUCUGUUUUUGUUUUCAGAAAUUAAAGAUUGUUUUAAGGUUUUUUUCAAUCUGGGCACAUAAAGUUUGAAACUUUAUCAAAAAGACAAAAGAGGUCUUCUUGUCUAAUUGAUUGGUGAUUGGGUGUGUUUCAAAGACCAAACAUAUGUUUUGAUGAGGGUUUUGCUGUGUAAGAUCCAGUGCCCUUCUUUCUUCUGCUUCUGCAAGCCUUCUCCUCACAUCUACGCGGCAUCAGGCUCGCUUAAAGUAGAGAACACGCCUCCUCAAGUGUCUUCUCCUUCCAUCACUAAUACGGUUGUUGAUGACAAUGAUUAUGAUGAUGAUCAUUAUGUUGAUGCACAUGCCGCAGAAUGUGUUGAUGGAGAUCAUGCUAUAGAGGAAAAGGAAGAAGCUUGUGCUGUAGAGGAGAAGAAACAAGAAGGUGAGAUCUUGAAAAGCAGUCUGAAGAAGGCGGUUUUGGAUUCACCAAGGGAGAAGAAGAAGAAGAAGAAGGUACAGUGGGUGGAUUUGAUGGGGAAAGAACUUGCUGAGAUCCGUGAGUUCGAGUCUAGUGAAGAAGAUGAUGUCAGAUAUGAUGGAGAUCAGAGCUGUGUUUGCGUUAUUCUGUGAUCAACUCAGUUUAGUUUUUUUUUUUACUCGGAGAUAAGGCAAUGGUGAAAGGUGAAGAAGCUUGCUGGAGAUUAAUGUUGAUCCCUGUUGGUUUUGUGGCCUUGGCUAUGGAGUCCAUAUACAUUGAAGUAGUAGUACAUAUAGUAGAAUCUACAUUUGCUUGUCUGAGGUUAUAUGAAGUUUCUAUAUAUAACACGGCAGCAUUUUGGUA